GAUGAACAAGUUAAGCCAGAUCUUCUUGUUUAGAAGAAGGUUAAGGUUGAGCAAUCUAUGGCUGAACAGAGAACCAAGAAGAAACAUGAGGAUGUUGCUAACAAAGCUGCUGAAGCAUCAUCUAAAAUGCCAAUAAUUAUUGAGGAGGACAGCUCAUCUUCUCAAACUCAGUCUGAUUCAGAAACUGAGUCUGAUGAAGAAACUCUGAAUACUAGGAUGCGUCAGAAACGAGUUCCUGAUCCCAAAGGUAAGUCUCCUAAGUAUGUUUUUAAUGAAGCUGAAAUUGGAAUAGGGUUUACCAAACCACUUAGGACCAUACUUCCUGAACCCACAAUUAUUCCAACCUCUGAUAACCCUCUUUCUGAACUAGAAAAACAUCUGAGCCCUGACCCUCUAAAUAAUCAGCCUCUUACUCAUGAAACCCACAAAUCUAGCUCACCUCCUAAACCAAAAUCACCUCUACCUCAACCUCAAUCACAACAACUAUCACCUGACAUUCCAUCUUCUAAACCUCAACUAGAUAUUCCAACUGCUGAACAAAUCUCUCCACAUAAAUCUCCUGAACCAACCCCUGAACAAAUUGCUCCUGAACCAUCUCCUGAACACAUCUCUCCUGAAUCAACCUCUGAUAUCUCAUCAUCUAAAUCAACUCCUGAACCUAAUCCUAAACCAAGCAUUCAUACUUGUGCCCCUAAACCUUCAGACGCAGAUGUUGUUAUCAUUGACAACCCUGCUAAUGAACCAAAACUUUCUACCAUUCCCAAUAUCUCACCCUCAUCCUCUGACCCUUUUGGUAACCUUUCCAAUCAGCUUUAUGAUGAUUUACUUAGGUUAUCCCAUAUUAAGGACAAGUUUCUGGUGUGUCCCUCUGAUGUGGAUAUGGAGGUGUCACUAAUCAAGGCUAGAAUCUGCGAAGCUCUGGAUGCAGUGGGUGAUGAGCUCAAGACUGUGAUUGGACAAAGGGAUUUGGAUUUGGUGUAUCUUCUGAAGGAUAGCUUAGCAAGAGCUAGUUUGAAGCGUCUAACUGGAUUUAAUCAUGAAGAGCACGAGCGUGCUAAGCUUGCUGCUAUUGCUGCUACUGCAAGGCCUAUGUCUGCUUUCAAGGAAUGCUGGAUUGAUUCCAAGCUCUUUCAGAGUCUUGAAGCUCACAGGGUUGAGAAGGAACGUCUGGAAGAAGCUGCUGCUAGAGUUGCCCAGUUGGCUAAUGAGCUGCAUCAAGAGGAUGCCCCAGAAGAGGAUGUACUGGAUGUACUGAAUCAGGAUGAUGUUUUGAUGAUCGAUUAUCCAGAGAGUAAGGCAAAACAAUCAAGCGGUUUUGUCAGGGAAUUGGGGAGACACGGUGAGAUGAGGGAUGAGGAGUAUGGUUGGCAGGAGGUCAGGAGGAGAAGAAAUGAUAGGAGGUCAAAUCAUGCAAUUCUACCCGAUGUUGCAAUGGCUUUCAAAAGUCGCAGGGAGGAUAAUGCAAAGUACAAGACGUAUUUUUUCUCUAAUUUUCCAGAGAAUCAUGGAGCGCAAGCAAUGCUCAAUAUUUUCCGAAAAUAUGGGAAAGUUGUUAAAGUGGUGAUUCCGGCAAAACGUGAUAAAGGAGGUAGAAGAUUUGGAUUUGCACGGUUUGAUCAAGUGCGAGAUGUUAGGAAAUGUUAG